AAAAGUGGGGAGCAAACUUUAUUGUAAGAGAGCAUAUGGUUUUGCAUGAAAGAAGAAGAUAAAACAAACCACCACCAUCAUCAUCAUCAUAUCACCACCACCACCGCCACCCAUUCCACUAUCCUGCCGAUUCGAUUACUUAAUAACACGUUCACAUUCCCACCUACUACUUAGAACCUACUAGAAAGCUAAUAACCAAUAUAAUAGUAUGUAACAAAUUCUUCCCUCAAUGCCUAUAAAUACCGCCAUUAAUUCCCAUUCAUUCCUCACCACUAUCAUAAUAACCAAUUAAGCAAGUUAUCUAGCUUCUUAUAUAUAUAUUUUACUGAAACUAGUGAAAGUUUGAAUCUUCUGGGAGUUUGGAAUGGCUUAUUCCAGGUUAAUAGGAGCGGUGUUAGUGGCUCUGCUGUUUGUUGACCUUGUUUUUGCGGCGAGGGUGGGGAUAACGGGAGGAGGAGGGGGCGGAGGGGGAGGGAAGGGAGGGGGAGGGGGUGGUGGGGGUGGACAGUUGGGGUAUGGGUCGGGUUAUGGGUCCGGGGAAGGGUCGGGGUAUGGUGAGGGUGGUGGUGAUGGGGGGUAUGGGAAGGGUGGAGGCGGUGGGGGAGGUGGUGGGCAAGGAGGCGGCGGCGGGGGAGGCUAUGGAGGGAUAGGUAGUGGUUCCGGGUACGGGUCAGGGUCGGGUGGCGGUGAAGGGUAUGGGUCUGGCGGCGGAAAUGGGAAGGGUGGAGGUGGUGGGAGAGGCGGCGGAGGUGGCGGCGGUGGAGGGUCAGGGAAUGGGUCGGGUUAUGGAUCCGGGUACGGGAGUGGCGGCGGGUCUGGAUAUGGAAGCGGCGGCGGGAAAGGGCGGGGAGGUGGCGGAGGUGGAGGAGGUGGUGGCGGCGGAGGAGGAGGCGGUGGUGGCGGCAACGGGUCUGGGUAUGGGUCGGGCUAUGGGUCAGGAUACGGCGGCGGAAACGGUGGCGAUUGAAACUACUAAACUACAUACAAAGUAGCGAUAUGAUGUGAUGGAGAUUGGAAGCAGUUUAUAUUUUUUGUUGAAUUACACGUAUAGUAUGUGUUUGGUACGGAUGGCUGCAUGCAUGCAGAUUUAGUUAAUGAAUAAAUUGCAUGGCUAUUGGGAAGCUUCGCCACCUUGGAUCAUCGCUUGUUAAAGUGACAAUGGUAGUGAACUUUGCAUAUGCCAUGGAUAGAUAUAUGUGUAAUGAUCUGAUGAAUACAAUUCUGAUCUUUUUUAUUAUCAUCCUCUAUGAUUGAUCUAUAAUUAUUGAAUGAAUC